CACUCACUCACAAUCUCUCUCUGUCUCACUCUCUCAGUCUCAGAUUUGGAGGAAAAAAACCCUAGCUUAGCCGCCGGCGCCGCCGCUUCGUAUCCGACCGUCCGAGUUAAUCUCCGCCGGAGUCCGGGCUGCCCCCUUCCUGUCGCGUCGAGUCUCCACUCUCCAGAAUAAAGGCCCGUUCGCGUUUUGGGUUCGAAUUGUGUGGCCUGUCGCCGCCGUCCCUGCGAGGCCAGCGUGACCCACGACCUCCGAAAAAAGAGCAUGGAUUUGACCCCAUUCAAGAAGGACAUUGAUGAGCUUAUUGCUGACUUCUCUGAGGCUGAGGCAUUAACUUUGGCGGAGAUGAAAAGGGUAUGGCUUUCCAAGAAGUUCUCUUACAUAUACGAGGCUACUCCGUCUUCAAACUUGGCCUUCUUUAUGCAAUCGUUGUUUGGCCACGCUAUUGGAUAUAUGAACAGUAGAGCUUCUUUAUCAUGCCGACUCGGUGGGCUUUAUUGUCUCUACUGCCUUCAUGAGACUCAACCAUUCAAACCGCCUUUUAAGAUUUAUUUAUCACUUGAGGAGCUGAAAAAACUUAAAAGCCAUGUUGUUACUGCAAGAGAAAAUGGUUUAAAAGUUGUGCCUGCUCUGGUGAAAAAAAUGCUAGACAAGAAUAUGUUCCUUUUUGGGUUUGUUGACAUAAAUGAAGGAGCUGUGGCGGAGACACUUAACCAACUAACAGAAUUACAGAAUGCUCGAAUUCAAGUGUUAUAUGCCAAAUUAUUUGAUGAUACUCGGAUUCAAGACUUCCUCCACAUGGACAUGGGCAUGGAAAUUGACCUGAACCUGCUCAAGAAUUUGUCAACAGAAUAUUCAGAUGCUAAGAAGCUAGCUAUACAUGAGGCCCGCCAAGUUGUGGAUGUUCGAAAUAUAGAGCACAUAGCUCAAGAUGAUAAAUUGGUUGGAGAUGCAGUGGAGAAAAUUACGGAGGAAUGGAAUGUCCAGAAGGGACAGUUUUAUGAACAGACAGGUUUAAUGCGGCAGCAUCAAGAAGACAACGGGCAACAACAGGAACAGCCGCUGCUGCUGCAAAAUGAUGAUAACUUCGAUCAGGAGCUUGAACAACUGCUUUCUUAAACAUGAUUCCAUCUGCAGUCACGAGUUCAUGAUUACAAGGGUUUUCAUUUUCUGCGGAUGAGAAAAUGCGGGGUGGAGAUGUCGGGCCUGAUGAAUGACAUCUUUUAAUUUCAUUUGAUAAAGCCUCUGCCUCUUACAAUGUAAAAUUAUUGAAAAAAAUUUGCUAGUUCUUAGGUACAGCUAUUGUACAUAAUGAUAAAAUUUGUAUAGAGAAACCUUUUUUGGGAUUGAUGGAAGGAGGUUUGAAUGCAAAAUCCAGGAAAAUGCCCAAAAUGGUUCUGGCUACUCCUAUGAAGAUGUGUCUCUAUACUUUUUUUUUUUUUU